UUACGGUACAGAACGCAUGCGCAAACAGGUUACUCAUCCGGGACGUUUGGCCUACGCGCGAAAUGAUGUCGAAGGAAAACACAAAAUAGAUCAAAUGAUUUCAGUAAUGUAGGCACUAGUGAAAGCAGUUUUAAUAUGCAGCUAAGACAGAAGUCUGGUACAAUGACAAGAUUGCGUACAAAGAAAGGGGGAGCUAAGAAGAAAAAUGGUCGACAGAAAAGAACAGUAGUGCAAACAGAAGACCAGGAUGUGCCAGAAGAAAAGAAAUACAAGAUGUCAUAUGAGGGUAGAGUGGAAGGAGGAGAGCCUGAUAUGAUCUCCUCUACACCUUGUUUGAGGGUCAAAGGAAAGAAGAAACCAGAAGUGCUUAACCCAGUACAAGAAAACCAGAACCCACCUUGCCCAGGGAGUCCACCAAGGACCAGUGGAACAUUGUUUUCACCAGUUUAUUCAUAUGUUGAUGGAGAAGAAGACACAGAUCAUCACAAACAUCUACAUGUACAUAAAUCAUUAGAUUUCAGCCAGUGUACUGAUAUGCCAUCAUCAUUUAGCAAUGAGGAAGAGGAUUCAGACUCAGCUUCAUCUACUAAAGAAAACCAGGAGCCGUCAUUUGAAAGAGAAGAAGAGGAGGAGGAAGAGGAAUGUCUGGAGGACAAUAACAACCAUAUGUACAACAAAGGUGAUGUGCCUUAUGAGUACCAUCACAUGGAAGAAGAGGAAGAGGUGUCUGAUGAAUCCUAUGAAGAGGGAGAAUGGGAUAAUCAGCCCUUUGAUCCCUAUGUAUUCAUAAAGAACCUGCCACCAUUAACAGAAGAAUUGAGGGCCAGGGUGCCUGCUUUACCUUUGAAAACCAGAAGUUCACCUGAAUUUUCAUUAGUGCUCGAUUUGGAUGAAACCUUAGUCCAUUGUAGUUUAACAGAAUUAGACGAUGCUGCAUUUAGUUUCCCUGUUCUAUUUCAAGAAGUCACUUACCAGGUAUAUGUACGGACACGACCCCACUUCAGGCAAUUCCUAGAGAGAGUAUCAAAAUUGUUUGAAGUCAUCUUAUUCACUGCAUCAAAGAAAGUUUAUGCUGAUAAACUACUUAAUUUGUUAGAUCCUGAGAAAAAGCUAAUAAAACAUCGGUUGUUUAGAGAACACUGUGUCUGUGUGAAUGGCAACAAUUACAUCAAAGACCUGACAAUUUUAGGGCGAGACUUGAGGAAAACCAUUAUCAUUGAUAAUUCACCACAGGCCUUUGGGUAUCAGCUAGACAAUGGUAUACCAAUAGAAAGUUGGUUUGUUGAACCAUCUGACAGAGAACUGUUGAAUUUGUUACCAUUUUUAGAAGAAUUAGUGUUUAAGCAUGAAGAUGUUAGACCUGUUAUUCACGACCAUUUCCGUCUACACACACUUCUUCCACCAUAGUCAUGGCAACGGUUACCACGGUGAUGCAUGAAGAACUGUUAACAAGGUUACAAAUCAUGUAAAAGUUUGUUAUAUUUUUAUACACAUGCAAAAUGACUGUUGUUUUGUUGUUAAGAUAAUUGAUAGGUCAAAUGCACAUAUAGUUUUAUGAUUUUAUGGAUAAUCUAAUUUUAUGUGACCAGGCCAGUACGGCACAAGACUACAAACCAUUGGAAUUUUAUUGAGUAAUAAUGUAAUACAUUUUUAUGAUGCAAGGACCACCAUUUCUUCUUUCAAUUAUUUUGUUAAAUUGUGGUUACUAAUCAACCUUCAUGCCUUGAAAGACCCAUUUUAACAGAACUUUCUUCUGCUGAGGAGUUGAAAUAUUAGGCCUAAAAAAAUUAGGAUAUAUUUUAUUUUAUUCCAAGCAUGAUAAGAAAUUAAAAAAUAAUACCAUUUUUUUCUUUUAAACAUGCUGAAAAACAAACUAUUUAGGUAGACUCAAUUAUUUUAUUUUCAAAAAGUAUUUGACAGAUUUAAAAAGGUGAAAACAGUCUGACUUGAACAGUGCUUGUUUAAAGGGGUGAAAGUAGGCAGGGUAAGCAGAAACAGCUCAUGUUAAAGCCAUACUUGUAAAGUACCUUAGAACCAAUACUUCAGCUUGGCAUCUUUUAGAAAGAAAGUUAAUAUAUUGAAUAAUUUGAUAAACUGCAAAGGAAUAACUUAAAUUAGGCAGAGCUGACUUCCUUUCUUUUUUAAAAUGUAAUAAAAAAAAAAUGUAAUGAAGUAUAAGUUGAGAUUAGUAUUUCCCAUAUUUAUAAGUUGUGGAGUCCACACAAUAACUCUUGUAAUUUAUUUGGCAUGAAUGAUGCUACACUAUGCAGCUUGAAGACCAGUAUCCUUCCCUUUGAAGAAAUGGUGAACCAUGUUCAAUAUGAGCAUUACAGGUCAGUGUUUGUGGUUGCCUGACCACAUAGAGGGAAACUCAUUUAAAGAAUAUUUUGCAAACCUUUUUUUGUCUUCCAAAAUGAAUGAUUAAAAGCUAAUAAGGCCAUUUUGACAAAUUCUUGGUACACUUUAUACCAAAUUCAAGUCUCCUUUUUUUUAUAGAAUUAUUUGUUGAUAUCAAACAAACAUGUUAUAUUGCUAAACAAAUACAACAGGCUUACUAUGCCAAAAACUUAUUUGUGUGACGUUGAAAUUUGGUUGACAUUUCUGCUCUGAUAGAAUGUAUAUAAUUGGGCAGAGUUAUUUUUAAGAAAUAGAUUGUCAUUGUGAAUAUUUUUAUUAUAUACUUUGUUUAAAUUCUGCAUGUUGAUAAUUGGCCAAAAUGCUUGUUAAGCUUUUAUUUUUGUUUAUUCUCAAAAAUUAAGUAACAGCUGUUCCAGAAGUAAACGCAUGGGAGGCACUUUUUUAGACCCAUAAUAAAAAAAGAAAUUCUGCUUUGAAUUCUACACAAAUUCUAAGGAAAAUGCAACCAUCCACAAUCGUUAUUAUCAAUUUAAGAACAGUCCUAAAUGAGUUUUUGUUUCUAUCUUCAAAAAUGAUACACAAACUACUUCCUUUGAUAUUCAAUAUUUUUGAAGAUAUUUUUCACAAUUUUUUUCUUCCAAACACAGGAAAUGCUGUCAAGUUUUUUUGACUUAUUUCUUACAACUGUCCUUUCUUCAAUGACCAAUCAAAUGUUAAUAGAAGUGCUUUCCAUCCUCCCACAAGUGGUCAAUUGUAAUUACAAACUAGGUAUAGUUGAAUUAAAUCUAUCCUUCAACAGGUUAGUAUCUAGUUCAGGAUUAUAUUUUAUGGGUUUAUAAAUUGGCCAUAAUUAGCACAGAAUUUAUUCUCAAGUGAAACUGUACAAAAUAAUGUUAACCAAUUAUAUAUACUAUAUUAUACAUGUUGAAGAAGAAAUUUUAAUUUUUUGCCUUUUUGUUCUUAUAUUAUGCAGUUUUAUUAUUUUAUCCUCAUUUUAAACCUAUGUUUUACCAAUAUCUUAUAUACAUGAUGUUUUUUGUUGAUUUUAAAAAUGAAUUUUACCUAAGCAUGGAACAAUUUUUGUUCAUGUGUUUUUUGAAUUGUACAAAGUGUUUAAGUUUCAUUGUUUGUGGUAGUUAUUUGUAUCAACAGGACAUGUUGAGCUUGAUGUGGGGACAUCAAAUGUCUGUGUUGGUGAGAUUUUCUUUUAGAGUUAAAAUAAUAAUGCUUGUUUCCACUAAUAUGCUGAAAAAAAUAAGUGGAGGUAGGUAGGCAAAUUAUAUCAUUUUCCCAAAUGUUUUGGCUGGUUUAACUUUGACAAACUGCCCAACUUUGGUAGUGCUGGUACACAAAUGACAAAAAAAAUAUAUAAGAUAUCUUAAAGAAAUGAAAAAAGCUCUCAAUGUACAGAAAUUUCUUACAUUUUAUAUUUUCAUAGAGUAGUACCAAAUUUAAUCACAUUUUCGUUAUGUUUCGUUUGAUGUAAAAAAAAAAAUCUUAAAAUAACAGUUGAUAGCAAUUUGUAGAUAUCUGAAAUGUGCGAUCUUUCCAUACAACAGUUCUCUGAACUUGAAUCAUGAUAGUCAUUUAAUUCAAGGGAUAUAAUUCUGUAAGAUAUGACUAAGUAACACAAACUAUGAAAUGGUACAGUGUAUUUUGUUUUUUGUUUUAUUCACUGCUGUAAGUAAUCAUGAUGUAUAAAUAAAUAAAAAUGGCAAAUUGUGUUAGAGACCAUCUCAAAAUGUAGCAGUUUAUAAGGUUAAUUCAUAUGAUUACAUUUUCCUUUACUUUGUUGAAGUUAAGGAAAAACCAAUGAAACGUUGCUUUUAUGUAGCAGCAUAAGGUUUCAAUGUGGUUCAAGAUAAAAGUAAAUCUUUUUUAAUUUUUUUUUUUGGGAAAAGAACUGCUACGUUUUGAGAUGGUCCAUUUAAUAUGUAUGCAAUAUUAUGUAUAAUAUAAUACAAGUUUUUUGUUGGAAGCCCUGAUAUCGAUCUGUUAUUUCCAUAAGUCCCUUUUUCUUGAAUCUUUGAUCAGAAAUGAAUUGGACAAGUUAUUUUUUUGGUCAGUAUUGUUCAAUCUUAAUCACCAACCAAAUAGAAAUAAAAAAAAAACCUGAUAACAUUGAUUAAAAAUAAAUUGCCAAUACAAAGAAAGAAUGAUGAAUUUAUUUUGUGUAUUCAGAUUUUUUGUAAACAAACUUUUUAAUCUAACAUAAAUAUUUUUGACCAUUAUUGCAGCCAUUAUUAUUCAUGGGGGACUAAUUUGAUGAUUUUUGGACAAUGUGUACCCCAGACUGCAUUUACUUAAAUUUGUGUGUAGAACUUAUAAAAAUCGUGUAUCAAAUAUCCACAAAAAAUACACUUUGGCCUUGAUUCACUUAAAUUUGAAGUCAAGAAAAAUGAAUGAUUCUACAAUGUCACUCUUGUGAAGUUCUAAACAGCUUGAACUUCCCAGCCCUCUUUCCACAAAAAAUUAUCUAAAGAUGAAAAAGUGAGUCCCACUUCCACCAUUUUAUCAUGUUGAUACUUGGCUAAAGUGUCUUUGUAUGUUUCAUUACAUGUCAUGUGGUGUAGGUACAUGUAUAAAGUCUUGUCAUCUGGGAAAUAAAACAAGUUUAAAUAUGUUGUCACUGUCAAGAAAGUACUCAAAUUUUUGAUGGGAAGGUAGUUUGAUAUUACAAUGCAGGCAAAACUUAGCAAAAAUGUAAAAAUUUGUUGUUUUGAAAAUAUAAUGAUCCUCUGUAAAAAAAAAUUCUCAUGGAUGUAAAUUAUGGAAUUUUCUGUUUAUCGGCAAAAUUUAUAAAUGUGUCAUUCUUAAAAAAAAGUGUUGAGAAAUACUAAUGAAGUUGUAUUUGUUUGAAGAUGAUUUCCUUAAUUAUAAACUGAAAGUGAUGACCAUUUAUGUACACGUCAGCACACAUGCAUUUUCCUAUUUACAUAUUCAUGAUAGCAAUUGGCAAAACCAUUUAUAUAUAUAUGUCCUCUGUGUCCACCUUUUAGAAAGGACAUGCCCCCCCCCUUUUUUUUUUUUUUUAAACAUAUGCUAUGUUUUUAAAUUUUCCGUUCAAAUUUAAUGGACGUCCCAUCAUGGGCAAAGUCCAACUAAUUAUAAUGUAUUAACAAUAGAUUAAUGUUUUUUUCUGAAAAGAGGAAUUUAAAAUGGACAUACGGUCAUGAGAAUCAAAAUUUGAAUAUUUUUUUCCAGAAUAUAUGCAUUUCAUUCACUUACUUGUUUUGCAAUAAUAUUAUUUAAUGAAUUUGACCUGACCGGGCUUAAACAGCUUUAUAGAUGGACAGUGUUCUCUUAAAAAAAUGGACGUACUUUGUAGAUUUUGACAUUUUUGCCUUUAUUCUUAUUGGUAGUCGAAAUAUGUUAGUCAUUUGUUAGGUACUCGUUUAAGCCCAGUUAGGUGAAAUUGUUUUAAGUUAUUUAGAAAUUGUACAUGAAUAACAACCCGUCAUAUUUUUUUGUUUUUUCUGGCUCUCAAUAUAUUUAGCUUUAUUUUGUUGUAGGCAGCAGAAGGUCACAUCACUAGGUCAAAGGUCAUUCUUCAUUGUAAUAAUUGAUGGCAAUCAACAUGUUUUGAUAGAUUUUAGUUGUAAUAAUUUGUAUAUGUUAUAUGACUUAAGUGAAUCAUGUCACUCCUGAUUUGUUUAUAAAGUGAGUCACUAUGAUUAAGCUUACAUAUUUGAGACAGUUGUAGAACCAACUAGUUCACUAGAAUCAACCCUGUCAACUUUAAUGGCUUUAUUCUACAAUAAUUACUGUGCAGAUAAAGGUUGUUCCAUUAAGACAUAUGUGGGGCACAGGGAAGGAAGUUUGAAAUUUCUAUUAUUGGUAGAUGUCAAAUACUUUUAUUGACAAUGACAUUCUAAAAUUGUCUCUAAGGUACCCUUUUAGAGUGCCUUCUCUGGUUACCAUGUUUGUUGGAACAGCCCUAACUGCUGCUUAGUUUUCUUUUAUUGGUAAAGUUUAUUGAUUAAUUCUAAAUAUAAAGUAUAAAUGCAGUGUAUCUGUUGACAACAGGAUUUAUCUGUACACAUCAGGUGUUGGUUCAUGCCACAGGAACUAAGGAUGAAUACAAUGGCAUAUGGUUGAAGGGAUUAUUAUGUGUUAACUAAUUUUGUGGCAUUUAUAUUUUUGUUUUUGAUCUGGUACAGAAAAAAUGAUUGUCCAUAUAUUUCUGUCCUAGAAAUAAACUCUGACAUCUAGUCUUUUGCAGUUUUACCUGGACUGUGAUUCACACGCAGAACAAGUAUGCUUUAAGAACUGUUCUCUGGAUUACUAGGUGAACAUCCCAAAGUACCAUUAGUUUAAAAAAUGGAAAAAAACUGAAUAUCUUUGAUGUAAUUUAAUAAUCUAUCAGGCUAAAAUUAUAGAAUAGGAUGUUUAAUGUUAUGUGGGGGAAUGACUCUUGUAUGAAAUGAUACAGACACAAAUAGUAAUUGUAAGUGAUUCUAUAUAAAUAUACUGUGAUAAAAUUGCUAAAAGUAGAGUUAUGUUGAUAGAUUUAUCAUGUAAAACCAUUGAUGUGACCUUAAAUCUUUAUAAUGGAUGUAAAAUUUGAAAUAAAUGAUAAAAAUUCA